AUGCUUUCACACGUUGGGGUUGGUACUAAUGAUUUGCAAAAGGCAAAGAAGUUUUACGAUGCCGUUUUGGCUGUGAUUGGAUCUGACGAAGGUGUGGUUGAAACAGUUCAAUCAGGACACAAGAGGUUGGUUUACUCUGAUGGGAAAGACCUUUUCCUAGUUUCGGAGCCAAUCAAUGGACAGCCAGCAACAGUUGGAAAUGGAGUCACGAUUGGAUUCCUAUGUCGCUCUGAAGAGGAAGUUGUGAAGUUCCAUGAUGUUGCUGUAGCAAACGGUGGUGUUUCGAUUGAAGAUCCUCCUGGAUUGCGUGCACACAAGUUACUUUUAACCAUCUACACAUUUAAGGGUACAGCAGAAGAAGAAGGACAUCUGCCAAGCAAUAAAAAAAUAAAAAGUAUGUUAUACUUCAAUGUCAACGUCGGUACGAACGACAUCAAAAGAGCGAAGGCAUUUUACGAUGCAGUUCUUGGGUCAAUAGGGAUUGGUGAAGGAGAGCUAGUUGUUAACGAUAGCGGUCACCAGAAAGUAUUUUAUAGGAAGGAUGGUGAAGUAUUUAUUGUGUGCAAGCCAAUAAAUGGCGAACCGGCAAAUGUUGGUAAUGGGUCCACCGUUGGGUUCAGGUGUGGGUCACCAGAAGAAGUUGAUAAGUUUCAUGCUGCUGUGGUUGCACAAGGCGGUGUGAACAUCGAAGAUCCUGUUGGUCCUCGUGGAGAACGUAGGUACACUGGGUACUUCCGAGACUUAGACGGCAACAAGAUAGCAGCUCAGUAUGUAAAAGACGACUAG